UUGUCUCCUUUAAUCUCCCCCCCCCAUCCCAUUUUCUGAAGAUCGCUCAAGAAAAUGGGUCGAGGGGGCGGCUGGAUUGCUUCCCUGUCCACCACUUCGGGGGUUUCUAAUGGAUUUUCCGCCCCGGUCCAGCUCCCCCUCCCCGUUCCUCACCUUCGAACAUGGAUUGGAUGCGGGGCGGGGGAACUUGGAAGCUGUCAAAAAGCAUCUCCCGCAUUAGGAGACCUCCUGCUCUUCUCUCGCUUCGUCCUGAUCUCGACGGAUAAGGACCGCAGAGAUGGAUGGUGAUAAUUCAACAACAGAUGCUUCCCAGUUGGGAAUUGCUGGAGAUUACAUUGGUAGUAGUCACUAUGUGAUACAGCCUCAUGAUGAUACAGAGGACAGCAUGAAUGAUCAUGAAGACACUAAUGGCUCCAAAGAGAGUUUUAGAGAACAAGAUAUAUACCUUCCCAUUGCAAAUGUGGCAAGGAUAAUGAAGAACGCUAUACCUCAGACAGGAAAGAUUGCUAAAGAUGCAAAGGAGUGCGUGCAGGAGUGUGUAAGUGAAUUCAUCAGCUUUAUAACAUCAGAAGCGAGUGAGAGGUGUCACCAAGAAAAACGAAAGACUAUAAAUGGCGAGGAUAUUCUCUUUGCUAUGUCAACCCUGGGAUUUGAUAGCUACGUCGAACCUUUGAAGCUGUAUCUUCAGAAGUUCAGGGAGGCCAUGAAGGGAGAAAAGGGUAUUGGGGGAACAGUUAACACAGCAGAUGGCCUUAGCGAGGAGCUCACAGAGGAAGCAUUUACUAACCAGUUACCAGCAGGUUUGAUAACUACAGAUGGCCAACAGCAAAAUGUUAUGGUGUACACAACAUCUUAUCAACAGAUCUCUGGUGUUCAGCAAAUUCAGUUCUCAUGAUUUGAAGAUGGCUUUGGAUCUGGGGAUGUGAGAGAGAUGGACAAGGGAUUAGAAAAUGCUAAAAGAGAAGAAACAUUGGUUUGAAAUGGCUGGUGAAAAAAGAAGUAUCACUUUGUAUAUUCAAUAGCUGUAAUGUAGCUGCCUGAGGCUUGACUAAUUGGGGUGUGAACUCUGACUCAAACCUUUUUUCAUGAAUAAUUUUAAAAGAAAUUCGAUUUUAAAGGUAUUAAAGUAUUUUUGUUUUGUACGAGAGUUUGUUGCUCUGUAUAACUCCUGUAUGCAUUGUAUAUUGCAAUUUACUACUGUCAGAGAUUUGUAGACAGUUUCUUAUUUUCAUAUUGAAUCAUGUUACUUUUGUAAUUCAAGUAAACAACUGGGUUUAAUUCAUGUUUACCCUUUGAAUAAAACAUAAGGGUACCGUUCAUUUUGAAUGCAAGUUGCCUUUAUUAUAAAAAUUGAGAUGACCUUUUGUUUUGUAACUGCCUUGCAUGACUAAAGUUACGUUAACUAUUUAUUAAUAUUUUAACUCUGAAAGGGAAUUCCUCAAGCGCCAGCAGUUCACAAGAAGUGCUCCCAGUGUUUUUAAUGUAAUGAUUGAAUUAAUGUGAAUCCAGAGGUAACCAGUUGUUAGAUCUUAGCAUUAGAAGCUUGAGAUGUAAUCUAUCAGGAACUAAUUUGCACAAGCUUAAUAAUGAGAAUGGAGGGAAGUUAGACAAGAAUAGUUGUCUUGUGUGCGGGGCCAGUUCUGUAGAUUGUCUGGUGCCCAAUUACAAUGUUAACUGUACCUUGUAGUGCAGUCCCUGUUUUGGAAAAACUAGAAUUAUGUAGUAGUUUUUGGUUCCCAUUGAGUAGGAACAUUUGCCUCACUGCUUUUGAAAUAAACCCUUUUUAAUUUA